AUGCCCCUUCAGUCCGGUAUUUUCGGUGGUCAGCCCUCCUUGGCUUCUGCACCGUUCGAUCCUUCAUUGGACAGCUCAGACGUCACUUUCGGCAAUGCCACAUCCGUGUUCAACCUGACGGCCAUCCGUCUGCACAAUCGGCCGGCAUUCUUCCUCGCGCAGACAGUCAUCAAAGCCACGCUCUCCCCUGCCUCCCCGCUUCAUCCGCUCGCGACGACCGUCAUUGACGCCGCGUCGCCCCUUCUGGACGGCAUUCUUCGUCAGUAUCUGCACAACGAUUUUUUCGCAGGAAGCCUAUGGCUCGUCGCGCUCGGGUUCAUCAGCCGAACCCUAAUGACCUACUUGCAGGUUCUAUGGAGCUACGUAAUUCGGCGCGAGAACGUCACCAUCAGCAUCUCUCCCGCAAGCCAGGCAUUUCAGUGGGUGGAGGAGUGGCUCGACUCGCACAAGGAGUUAAAGCCAUCGGAAUACUCCCUGCAGAUUAAUUGGAAUGACGAUGACGGCGCGAAUUCAUCCCCCCCUGAAAAGCCUGAGCUUCGGUUCAUGCCCAAACUCAAAGCCGCCCAGCACAUCACCUUCAGGGGGUCGAAAGUUUUCUUUCAAACGAAAAACAGCCCCGGGCAGCUUGACAGCGAAGCAGAAUUUUCAGAGCUCAUCCGUUCAAUGAAUCAGGAGGAGCUGGUGAUUGAAGCUCCCAGCAAGGCCGUGCUACAGGCGGUGCUGCAGGCCGCUACAGAUGCAGCCAUGGCGAAACGGCAGGAAGAGAAGCUGACAGCCAUCCAGCGGUGGAACUGCCGGCAGUUCUGCUGGCGGUGGUCUGCGAACAAGCAGGUCCGUCCGAUGUCCAGUGUGGUCCUGGAUUGCGACACGUCAGCGCUGCUGGAGGACGCGCGGGAGUUUCUGGCUGGCGCCAAGUGGUACGCGGAGCGCGGCAUUCCCCACCGGCGGGGGUAUCUAUUCCACGGCCCCCCAGGGUGCGGCAAGACGUCGCUGAUCCAGGCCAUGGCGGGCGAGCUGGGGCUGGGCGUCGCUGUCAUCAGCCUCGCCUCGUCCGGCAUGAGCGACGACUCGCUGCACACGGCACUGACCAACUGCGACCAGUGCAACCUGGUGGUGCUGGAGGACAUCGACGCCGCCUUCACGGCCGCGCGCUCCAAGGCGGACGGCAGCUGUGCGGACAGCCUCUCCUUCUCGGGGCUGCUGAACGCGCUGGACGGCAUAGCAGCGCAGGAGAGGCGCAUCCUCGUCAUGACCACCAACCACAUUGACCGCCUCGACCCCGCCCUCAUCCGCCCCGGCCGCAUCGACUUCCGCCUGCUGCUCGACCGCGCCUCCUCCGCCCAGAUCGCCCGCCUCUUCCUCCGCUUUUUCCCCAACUCGCCUGCUUCUGACGCUGAUGGUUUUGCAGUGCUGUUUCGCGAGCGGGCGGUGAGUCCUGCGGCGGUGCAGGGCUUCCUGCUGCUGCAUAAGGACAACUCUGCUGCUGCGCUGGCUGCUGCUCCUGCGUUUGCCAAGGAGAGUGGUGCAUCUGCUUCUGACUCGCCUGCUGUUGCCCUUUCUGCUGAUGCUGCAGCAGGUGAUGAGGCCGCUGCGUCUUCUGCUGACGUGAAUGCCAUAGACGCAGGCAUUUCUAAUUCAAGCAGCAGCAUGACGGGCAGCCCUGGCAGGCUCACAGACAAUCCUAGUGCAGAAAGCCCCAUGUCCAUCAACGGUGCAGAUUAUAUAGCAGAUGGUGAUGAAGCUCGGAUGGGCUGGAUUGCAGUGGAGGAAGCAAGCGAAGGUGGCAGUGAGAUUGGAGAGGGGAUUGUGUUCUGUAACAUACGUUCUUUGGCUCACGUUACUCGUGCGUUGUCCACGAUCGCGCUCCCUUCUAUUUGUCGCCCACACUUCCAACCGUCGCUCCCUUCCAUUCGCCUCCCUCUGUUCCGCUCGUCGCCCUCCCUUCCGCGCGUCGCCCUGCUCGUCUCUCUGCCUUUCGCCCGUCCCCUCUCAUCCGCUCGUUGCUCCACCUUCCACGCGUCGCCCUCCCAUCCGAACGUCGCUCUCGUCACCGUCCCUUCCGCCCGUCGCCCUCCCUUCCGCCCGUCGCCCUCCCUUUCGCACGUCGCCCACCCUUCCGCCCAUCGCCCACCCUUCCGCCCGCCGCUCUCCCUUCCGCCGGUCGCCCACCCUUCCGUCCGUCGCUCUCCCUUCCGCCGGUCGCCCACCAUUCCGUCCGUCGCUCUCCCUUCCGCCCGUCGCCUUCCCUUCGUCUCGUCGCCCUUCCUCCCGCUCGUCCCCUCGCAGUCCCCGUCCUCCUCUCUCCCCAUCGCCCUCGCCAUCCCUCCCGUCUCCCUUCCCAUGGUGCACACUUGUCACCCUUCCCUGCUUUCCCCCAUCCCCUUCCCUGCUUCCCCCCAUCCCCUUCCCUGCUUCCACCCAUCCCCUUCCCUGCUUCCCCCCAUCCCCUUCCCUGCUUUCCCCCAUCCCCUUCCCUGCUUCCCCCCAUCCCCUUCCCUGCUUCCCCCCAUCCCCUUCCCUGCUCCCCCCAUCCCCUUCCCUAUUUCCCCCCAUCCCCUUCCCUCCUCCCCCCAUCCCCUUCCCUGCUUCCCCCCAUCCCCUUCCCUGCUUCCCCCCAUCCCGUUCCCUGCUUUCCCCAAUCCCCUUCCCUGCUUUCCCCCAACCCUUGCCCUGCUUUCCCCCAACCCCUUUUCUGCUUCCCCCAAUCCCGUUCCCUGCUUCCCCCCAUCCCCUUCACUGCUUCCCCCCAUCCUGUUCCCUGCUUCCCCCCAUCCCAUUCCCUCCUUCCCCCCAUCCCCUUCCCUGCUUCCCCCCAUCCCAUUCCCUGCUUUCCCCAAUCCCCUUCCCUGCUUUCCCCCAACCCUUGCCCUGCUUUCCCCCAACCCCUUUUCUGCUUCCCCCCAUCCUGUUCCCUGCUUCCCCCCAUCCCCUUCCCUGCUUUCCCCCAUCCCCUUCACUGGUUCUCCCUUUCUCCCUGUUCCCUGUCUCCGUGUUAGCCAUUUCACUGAACCUACUUUCCCCCACCCUCUGCUCUGCUUCCUCUCUACCCCUGCCCUGCUUCCCCUCAUCCUCUGCCCUCCCUUUCCUUCAUCCUGUGCCCUCCCUUCCCCUCAUCCUCUUCCCUCUCUUCCCCUCAUCCUCUGUUCUGCUUCCUUCAUCCUUGCCCACUUUAUCGCCUGUCCACUUUACCGCCUGCCCACUUUACCGCCUCAAAUCCUUCCCUUCUCAUCCGCGCGCAGCAACACGCGCAUGCUCAAGCUCUUCGACGACUGGAAUCCCCCAGCACAAGUGAUGAGCGUCGCUCUCUCGCACUCUCUCCCAUCCGACAUGCUGUAG